GACAAGACUGUUUUCCUCUGGGAUGUGGCUACUGCGCAAACAUUGAGAAGAUUCACGGGCCACUCGGCAAGAGUGAACUGUGUUGCCUUUGGGGGUGAAGGGGACUCGAUUGUUCUCAGUGGGAGUUUCGAUGGGACUGUCAAGGUUUGGGACGCGAAGAGCAGGAGUGAGAAACCUAUUAUGAGUUUCUCCGAGGCGAAGGACUCCAUCUCGAGUGUUGCUGUCAACGGGCAUGAGAUCUUCGUGGGCUCAGUCGAUGGGCGCGUGAGAGUAUAUGAUUUGAGUAUGGGCCACGUUGACGUUGACGUUGUGGCUCCUGGAAAAGGUGUCACGAGUGUCACGCCUACGAAAGCUGGAGAUGGCUAUCUGGUGAGUAGUCUGGACAGCAAGAUGAGGUUCUUCGACCGCAGCACAGGAAAAUGUUUGCAGACUUUCCAGGGAGACGGAUACACCAACGAGACGUAUCGGAUGAGGAGUACCAUGGCGAUGGCCGAUGCAUAUGCUAUGACUGGGACCGAAGAUGGAAAAGUCUUCGUGUGGGAUGUGUUGACUGGAGCUCUGGCCCAUCAGGUUUGGCACAAGGAGGAUGGGAGUGCGCAUACCAUUGCUACUAAGAAGGACGUUGUGAGUGCCGUUGCAUGGAAUCAGUUGAGAAAGCAAUGGGCCAGCGCGGGCGGCGACGGCACUGUUGUUGUCUGGGGACUGGACGAAUGAGAGAUGAUUGCUAGCCUGAGCUCGACAACACCAUGCAGAGUCCCAGUUUGAUCAGCAGCAGAGAUGUUAGCAGCUCGCUCGAUUCAGUUGCCUCGGUUUCUACAGCAUCUCAACCACUUGAGACGAUCGGCUAGACGCGUGGGCGGGAAACCUUAUCAGCCUCAUAUCAAUACAGGUACGUCGACUCUUAUCAGUUAGGACAAGAGGAUCUCCGGAAUCUCAAAUCAUAACAAUGUUAUAUCUGUGGGAUCACCUAUGAUCGGCCAUGGCUAGCACUAAUCUUCUCUCUCGACCAACUUCUGCCUACUACAACCACAACAUUCGUUGUGGCACCUUUCAGCAUGGGCGACCUGGGCAGUAUGGAGAAUGACAAAGCCUACGAACACAAGCUAUCCCCGCUGGAAACCAUCGCUCAGCCCUUGACACUUCCAUGCGGCUUGAAGCUACCUAAUCGCCUGGUCAAAUGCCCUAUGCAGGAGACCCUCGCGGAGGCACCAUACUUUGACCCACCCAUCGACAAGUUCAGGAAAAUCUACAAGAAAUGGGCAGAAUCACAAUACGGAUUGAUCAUAACUGGACAAGUGCAAGUGGAUCUCCGCUUUCUUUCAAUCGCUGGAGAUGUUUGCACAAGACCUGAGAGCACAUCGGGUGAGAUCCUUGCCAAAUGGAAAGAGUGGGCACAGAUAGCACAAGAGUACGGCACACCGUGCAUCGUUCAGCUGGCACACCCCGGUCGCAUGAGUCCUGCAGGUGCUGGUAAUAGACCUCACGACAUGCCCGCAUUGUGUCCAAGCAGCGUCCCGGUCAAGAUGGGAGACACGUGGCUAGACAAGCUUGCACUCGACAAAUUACUUGGGACGCCGAAAGAAAUGAGCCUGGAAGACAUUGACGAAGCCGUGGAGAACUUCAUCAGGGGCGCAGUGGUGGCUCGAGAUGCUGGUUUCGCUGGUUGUCAGCUACAUGGGGCCCAUGGUUUCCUCCUCUCGCAGUUUUUGUCGCCGCACACCAAUCGCCGAACCGACGAUUAUGGAGGUACUCCAGAAAAGCGUCUGACGCUAUUGAAGAGAAUCGUUGGCGAAGUGCGGGCUCGUUGCCCUCCUCCUUUCUGUCUGUCUGUGAAGCUGAACUCUGGUGAUUAUAUGGGUGAAGAGGGACUUCAACAAGAAGAAGCAUUGGAACAGGUGCGAUGGCUCGUAACGUGUGGCAUGAUUGACUUUGUUGAGAUUUCCGGAGGCAAUGCCGAACAGAAGACGUCUGGGCUGCAUAACUCUUUUGACAAGAAGACAAUCGACAAGGCGCCUCAGAUCAAGGAGAGCACCAGGAUCAGGGAAGCUUACUUCACGGAAUUCGCAGAAAAGGUACAGAAGAUGGAGUCACCUGUUCCAAUCCAGCUUUCGGGAGGCUUUCGAUCCAGAACUGGAAUGGCAGACGCCAUCGAUUCUGGCAUAUGUGAACUUAUUGGACUGGGUCGAUCAGCUGUUCUGGAGCCCGAGCUACCUCGCAAGACGUUGCUGAAUCCUGCAUUCAGCGAUGAAGAAGCAAUGGGCAUGUCUCACAUUGUCAGAGGCCAGUGGUUGGCGCGCAUGAUACCGGCCAAGGUUGUUGGAUCCGGCCUCCCCAUCCAAUUCUUCUACUACAACAUGAGGCGACUUGGCAGUGGCCUCGCAAGUGACCCGUACGCGAGCUUGCCAUGGGUCAUGUUCACCAACAUCUACGAGGCAAUCACGGGAUCCCUGUGGUCUACGCUGCAUGGCUUUCUGCAAGGGAAGACGACAUAUAAAGUCUAGGUGUUGUAUACUAGAUAUCGCGGUUAUAGAGAAAUGAAUGAUGAGAUUGCCAAGGCA